AUGUCGACCCGCCUCCCCGACCGCAAGGAUAAAGCAUGCAUCAUGAUCGACCCGUCCCAGGGCCGCCACGACCGCAACAUGAACGACUGCCCCGAAGCCUGGACGCACGACGACAAGGGUAAUUUCAGCAGCAACAUCAAGCAGCUCAUCGCCGCAGCUCUUCCGCACACCCGCUGCAACUACUUUGGCGACCCGGCCCUAGAACACCAGCAGGCCCAGCGAGAGGGCUGCGCAAACACAUCGUCAAAGUACGGCAAUGUCACCGAGAUUACCGAGCAAAGCUCACCCCGACCGGGACGUCUUAUGUCGGUUGCUCGCGGCGACAGAUUGGAACACAUUUUGCGAAUGGUCGUCGAACAACUGGACGUAUGGGACACUGCUCAACAAGGUGGAGUGCGAGGCGGCGAGGUACGAGGGGUUGCCGGAGGACGGGGAGGACAGGGAGGAUGGUAG